CGCUCCUUUCCUGCUUGUCGUUUCAUCCUCCGGCCGUCGAGCAUCUCAAAAUCUCGACAAAGAAGAUGACCAAGAUUUACCCUAAUUCGCCGCUCCCCGAAUCUCCUGUGCCAUCCAUUUCCAUUGGCGCCGGCGAGGAGCCGGCCAACCUCACGGUGUGGCGGAAGUCCCUUCUAUUCAACUGCAGCGGCUUCACCGUGUACGACGCGAAGGGAAACCUCGUCUAUCGCGUCGACAACUAUUCCUCAUCUAGCCUAAACGAAAUCGUCCUUAUGGACGCCAUUGGCAAACCCCUCUUCACCAUCCGCCGAAAGCGAUUUACUCUUACGGAUCAAUGGAACAUCUACAAGGGGGAAGCAGCGGUGGCGACGAAGCCCGUUUUCUCGGCUCGGAAGCAUGUUGCGCUCGUCCAAUCAAAGUCACUGGCUCACGUGAUCCCCUGUGGUGUUGCAGGCAAGUUAGCCGAGGCGAUAUACGACGUCGAGGGUUCUUUCUCGCAGAGGUCAUGUGUAGUCUACGACGAGAGACAUAAGCCGGUGGCGGAGAUUCAGCGCAAGAAGGCUGUCGGAACCGUCGGUUUCGAUGGCGAUGUUUUCCGCCUCGUCGUCCAGCCCGAUUUCGACGCCUCGCUCGCCAUGGCGGUUGUGAUUCUUCUCGAGAGGAUGUUUGGGUCGCGGGUCGCGUCGAUUAAGGGCUGAAAUUUUUCAUUGAAUUUUCUGAUGAACGGUAAUGAUUUCCUGUUUUGAUGUCGGGGAAGUUUUGUUGUUGGUGAUUCAUUAUUGUUAACCUAGGCGUGUUUGCCUCUAACCUGAGGACGGUGUAAUUUGUAAAUUGAUUCCCCGAGAAUUUAACUUGACUGAUUGACCUCGAAUGACUCAGAAAGAAAUUUUUAAAAGUUUUCAAUCA